AUGAUCCAUGCGGCUGCUCCCCAUUUUCUGUGGCCGUUUGCAGUUCGCAUGGACGUCACGUUUGACGAGUCGGUUCCCUUCUACCGUCUCUUCCCCUACCGCACUGCCCCUCUCCCCCCCCCCCCCCCCGCUGCUCAUCCUCGCGCUAGGUCCCUUUCCGGUAGACCCACUCCCCUUCAGGGUCCUGCUCCUUCAGGUGUCUCUCAGACAGACCCACUUUCCCUGGCUAAGCCUGUCAAGGUCACUAGUGACUCUGGUGCUGCUGGGGGUGGUGCUGCUCGGGGUGCUGCGUCUGGGGGUGCUGAGCCUGCGGGUGCGGGGCCUGGGGGUGCUGAGCCUAUGGUUGCUGAGCCUGGGGGUGCUGCGUCUGAGGGUGCUGAGCCUGGGGGUGCUGAGCCUGAGGGUGCUGAGCCUGGGGGACGCUCUGCUGGAGUUGUAGGCCCUAGAGCUGGAGGCACUGGAGCUAUAGGCGCUGGAGCUGCAUGCGCUGGAGCUGGAGCUGCAAAGCUUGAGAGUGUUGAGCCUGAGGUUGCUGAGCCUGGGGGUGCUGCCGAUCUAGCCAGCGAGAGCCUCUCUCGCCAUGGCAGCUGCGCAAGUGGUUUGCUCGGCGCACCCGCCUUCGGAGUCGCAUUGCUAGAGCUGGAGGCGUUGGAGCUGGAGGCACUGGCGCCGGGGGCGCUGGAGCUCCAGGAGCGGGGGCUGGAGGUGCUGGAGCUGGAGGCCCUGGCACUGGAGGCGCUGGAGCUGCGGGCACUGGUACUGGAGGCGCUAGAGCUGACGGUGCUGGAGCUUGAGGCACUGGAGCUGGAGGCGCUGGAGCUGGAGGCGUUGGAGCUGGAGACACUGGAGCUGGAGGCGCUGGAGCUGGAGGCGCUGGAGCUGGAGGUGCUGGAGCUGGAGGUGCUGGAGCUGGAGGCGCUGGAGCUGCAGGCACUAGUGCUGGAGGCGCUGCUGCUGGAGGUGCUGGAGCUGGAGGUGCUGGAGCUGGAGGCCCUGUGCAGCAGCGACCAGCGUCGUGAGCCUGCGUCUCGUCCUGCCUCCCUUGUUUGCACUGUUCGCCGUGCUCCUCGUGUCCUGCGUCCGCGUUCUCCUCCUGUACUAGGUACUCACACUAUGGCACUUCGUCCUUCCUUUGCUACACAACGCGUCCCUCUGCCGUCUCCCCCUGCGUCCUCUCUUCCUGACGUUCCGGACCCUGAGUCUGACCAUGUUCGUGCAGCCAGCCCUACAGUCAUACGUCUCCUGGCUACUGUUGUCACUGACCCGUCGUUUGAGUCUACUGACGCAUCUACCUUAGUUGCUGAGCUUGUGGACUUUGCUGCUGCGUGUCGUCUAGACUACGCCGCCAGUCUUGUUGCUGAGUCUGAGUCUGUCUGUCCUCCAUCUAUCGGGGGUGAGUGUGCUCUUGGCACGGACGUCCUUGAUGACAGGCAGGAGGACUUUGAGUGUCUUGCGGCUGCUGUACCUCAUCUCGUGGCCUGGCUGCUUGCACCUGAGGGAGACUCGGAUGCACUGGACAUCCCGACCCCGCGCUCUUACGCAGAGGCGAUCACGGGUCCCUACUCCUCUAAGUGUUAG